CGUGCCGGGCGCGCGCCCGUAUUGCGAGUCAGGACUAUGCGGCUGUCUCUGCGCAUCCUCUGCAAACCGGACAGCACCCUCCGAGUCUGCCCCCGCCGGUAGGACACACACAAACACACAUCGGUCCACUUUCUGCACGACUGUCGGUGUCACCGCUGCGGAGGGAAGCCUGCACACCGAUGACUUGGCUCCUCACCUGAACACAGCGCUGCGGUUGAUCUGGUUUGGCCAUGGCGCAGCCGAGGAAACACGGAAAUAUUCGGCUUGGAUGAAGGACGCGUUGCGCAUCGGAUAAACCAGGAAGCCCGACGUUUUACCCCCUUGAAAACGGUUUGGUUGCCAUCAAUUAUUUGAGUCUUUGUUUUAGUAAAUUCUGAACUCUCAGUUGGCCCGGGACGCAGGGAUAACCAACAAGGCCUCGACGGAGGUCCCUGAACCUCACUUUGGGCAACACUCUCCCUAAAAUAGACUGAUCCGUGGCCUGUUGUUUGUUUAUUUUUCUUUGUAGCCGCAUUAUUUGGAGAGGCGGUGGAAACAGUGCUGCAGACAUGAUUGAUGCGUCGGAGUGCGGGGUGAGAGUGAUGUGCCGCUUCAGGCCCCUGAACGAGGCCGAAAUAAACAGAGGAGACAAAUACAUCCCCAAAUUCAAAGAGGACGACACCGUGGUCAUAACGAGUAAACCCUACGUGUUCGACCGUGUGCUGCCUCCCAACACGUCACAGGAACAAGUGUACGACCAGUGUGCCAAACAGAUAGUUAAAGAUGUGCUGGGCGGUUACAACGGGACCAUCUUCGCCUAUGGACAGACGUCCUCUGGGAAGACACACACCAUGGAGGGCAAGCUGCAUGACCCCCAGCUGAUGGGAAUCAUCCCUCGCAUCGCCCACGACAUCUUUGACCACAUCUACUCCAUGGAUGAGAACCUCGAGUUUCACAUCAAGGUUUCCUAUUUUGAAAUCUACUUGGACAAAAUCAGAGACCUGCUGGACGUGUCGAAGACGAACCUCGCUGUGCAUGAAGACAAAAACAGAGUGCCCUAUGUCAAGGGUUGUACUGAGCGUUUUGUGUCCAGUCCGGAGGAGGUGAUGGAUGUCAUCGAUGAGGGCAAAGCCAAUCGGCACGUGGCAGUGACUAACAUGAAUGAGCACAGCUCUCGCAGCCACAGCAUCUUCCUCAUCAACAUCAAGCAGGAAAACGUGGAGACGGAGAAGAAGCUGUCGGGGAAGCUCUACCUGGUCGACCUGGCGGGCAGCGAGAAGGUCAGUAAGACGGGAGCAGAGGGAGCCGUGUUGGAUGAGGCGAAGAACAUCAACAAAUCUCUGUCAGCGCUGGGAAACGUCAUCUCAGCUCUAGCCGAGGGAACGAAAACCCACGUGCCGUACAGAGACAGUAAGAUGACUCGGAUCCUGCAGGACUCUCUGGGGGGAAACUGUCGCACCACCAUCAUCAUCUGCUGCUCGCCGUCCGUCUACAACGAGGCCGAGACCAAGUCCACUCUCAUGUUUGGACAGAGAGCCAAGACCAUCAAGAACACAGUGUCGGUGAACCUGGAGCUAACGGCUGAGGAGUGGAAGAAGAAAUAUGAGAAGGAGAAGGAGAAGAACAAGAGCCUGAAAAACAUCAUCCAGAGGCUGGAGGCUGAACUCAACCGCUGGAGGAACGGGGAGAAUGUUCCUGAGGAGGAGCAGCUGAGCCCUAAAGAUCAGAAGAGCGUCGAGCCGUACGACAACACCCCCGUCAUCGACAACCUGCUGCCGGCCGGAGGAGGCGUCUCGGUCACCAGCGACGAGCGGAGCAAAUACGAGGAGGACGUCAGCAACCUCUACAAACAGCUGGAUGACAAGGAUGAUGAGAUCAACCAACACAGUCAGCUGGCUGAGAAGCUCAAGGAGCAGAUGAUGGACCAGGAAGAGCUGCUGGCGUCGACGCGGCGCGACUACGAGAAGAUCCAGGAGGAGCUGUGCCGGCUGCAGACGGAGAACGAGCUGGCCAAGGAGGAGGUGAAGGAGGUGCUGCAGGCCCUGGAGGAGCUGGCCGUUAACUAUGACCAGAAGAGCCAAGAGGUGGAGAAGAAAGAUCUAGCCAACCUGCAGCUGGCCGAGGAGCUGCAGCACAAGACUGUGUUGCUGUCGGCAGUGCAGAGGGAGCUGAAUCAGCUGCAGGAGCUGAACGGCCUACAGAGGAAGAGAGCCGCCGAGGUCCUCAACCUGCUGCUGCGAGACCUCAGCGACAUCGGCGGCAUCAUUGGCACCAGCGACGUCAAGACCGCCGCGUCCUCAGAGACGAAGGGGAACGGCUCGGCGGUGGAGGAGGAGUUCACCGUGGCUCGCCUCUACAUCAGCAAGAUGAAGUCCGAGGUCAAGUCUCUGGUGAAUCGCAGCAAGCAGCUGGAGAGCGCUCAGGCCGACGCCCACCGCAAGAUCCAGGCCAAUGAGAAGGAGCUGGCGUCCUGUCAGCUGCUCAUCUCCCAGCACCAGGCCAAGAUCAAGUCUCUGACUGACUACAUGCAGAACAUGGAGCAGAAGAAGAGGCAGCUGGAGGAGAGUCAGGACGCUCUGACCGACGAGCUCGCCAAACUGCAGGCUCAGGGUCGGUACACGACAAGACGAACACCCUCCAAGUCUCUACAAACUCUUAAAAAACAAACUUCUUUUUGCACAGAAAAAAGACACGAGGUGUCGGGAGAGGAGGAGAAGGAGGACAUCAGCAGACCGGAUGGUGACGAGGACAUCAAGAAAACGCUUGAGGAGCAGCUGGAGAACCACAGGGAGGCUCAUCAGAAGCAGCUCAGCCGCCUCCGAGACGAGAUCGAAGACAAGCAGAGGGUGCUGGAUGAACUCACAGAUCUAAACCAGGGUCUGUUAUUGGAGCAGGAGAGACUCAUGUCGGACUACGACAAACUGAAAGCUGAAGAGCAAGAGAAGGAUGCCAAGCUCCAGAAACUCAUAUUGCUGAAUGACCAGAGUGAGCAGGCCAGAGAAGAGUUGAAGGGCCUUGAAGAGACUGUGGCCAAAGAGCUGCAGACUCUCCACAACCUGCGCAAACUCUUCGUUCAGGACCUCACCACGCGGGUUAAGAAGAGUGCAGAGCUGGACUGUGAGGAGGGACUUGGCAACGUGGCCCAGAAACAAAAGAUCUCCUUCCUGGAGAACAACCUGGAACAGCUCACCAAGGUCCACAAGCAGCUGGUUCGAGACAACGCAGACCUUCGCUGCGAGCUGCCCAAGCUGGAGAAGCGUCUGCGGGCCACAGCCGAGCGAGUCAAAGCCCUGGAGAACGCCCUGAAGGAGGCCAAGGAGAACGCCAUGAGGGACCGCAAGCGCUACCAGCAGGAGGUAGACCGCAUCAAAGAGGCCGUCCGGGCCAAGAACAUGUCCAGGAGGGGGUACUCUGCACAGAUCGCAAAGCCCAUCCGGCCAGGCCAUCAUCCACUGUCGUCCCCCAUCAGCAGCUCCAUCAGAGCCGGGGGCAUCUACGCCCACAACUAAAACCACAGCUGCAAGUUAAACCUACCGUAAACAACUCGACGCAUGCCCACCGCCCCAUCUGGAACCACAAGCCCCGCCCCUCCUGUUGGAUCACCAAUGGGAGGCCAUCACGACAGACUGUCACCGCUCAGAGAAGCAACAUCCAUACAUCUAUAGUGUAUAUACCGAUAUGAGACGUAAACAUGUUUAAUUUGCUGAAUGUAGAUAUCAGAGGCCUCAUUUAGAAAAUGUUAUGCUUUUAGAAAAAAACUGAUCAAUCUGUGAUUCUCCUGAUUAUAGAUUGUUUUAUUUAUAUUCAUAAUUAUGCAACAGAGUAAAGCGUAACAUUUAUAAAUGAGGCCCUGAGUUUCUUUCUGAAGGAUUAACCUAUAAAUUUAAAACGGUGAAAAUCGAGAUCACCUGCACUGAAGUUUUGCGGGUGACUUUUUGCGUUGUUUCCGUUUUACGAUAGCGACUUUAAGUUUGUACGGUUUUCCAAAGCUUGAAGAGCCAGGCAGAAAAGGCAGACCUGUAGUUUUAUAAUUUAAUCUUAAACCAGCAUUCAUUCAUUUAAACCAAUAGACAUUUUGGGAAACAUGUUUAUUCACUUUCUUGCUGAGAGUUAGAUGAGAAGAUUGAUACCACUCACAGAGAAGAGAAUGGUAUCAAUCUUCUCAUCCAACUCUCGGCAAAAGAGCAUUUCUCAAAAUGUCUCACUAUUCUUUUAAGAAUGUCCUGGGGUUUUUUUUAACCGUCAGCUACAGCUAGAGUUGAGGUGGAAAUGAAAUUCAAACAAAAACACUCUUUUAGCAAAAACAUAUUGACACAGCUUGUUAAAUUAUGUGUUAGUGUCCCCCCCACUGAAUGUCCCUGGUUGCAUUUCUGUACUAAUACCUUGUGUUGUCUGUGGAGUUGUUGUCACUUUGACAUUUUCCCAGUUACGUUCACAUUUAAUUAAACUGGGUUUGACUGAAGACUGUAGGCCCUGAAAUUCAGAAAUGGAAUCAUGUUUAAAGAAAAGGACAUUUGAUUUAUUUUCAGCUGUUGUUUUUUUAAAUUGAGUCCCAAAUUAUAGCUGAAUAUUCUAACAGUUGCUGUAAAGUCGAAAUUUUUUUCGGAUUUGUUAUUGACUGUAUCGUACUGUACUCCUGCAGGGACACUGACCAGCCAAUCAGGCGCUCCCAGGACUCAGACAGUACUGCGGUCUGGUUUGUUAUGUUAUCGUAGAAGACUACAGCAGGGAAAGGAAGAGGGACAUUUUUCUAAAAUCUCCUUUCAAAUCUUUAAUAUUUCUGGGGGAAGAGUCUUGUAAUGUUCUGCACUCACUCUGUAAAGCUCCUGAUCAGCCAAUCAGAGAUCUUAAAAACACGGCGAUUAUGACAGACCAAUGAAUUUUCCUCCAAAAACACUAAGAAGAAAAAAUAUAAAAUAAUUUAAUCCCGAACAAUCCUUGAAAAGUCUGUUUUUCACUCUGCCACACCUUGUGCCUUUAGAAACACCCGAAUCCCCAGAAUAACAGACUUCCACUCAGUUACCUUCAGAAUUAUAAAUUUAACUUUUCACAGAUAAAAACACCUUGCAAGGUUUUGCAGAAUAACUUCCUGUUUAAAAAUUGAAAGCAAAAGAUUGUAAUCGAUGAGACGCCUUUACCCUCUAAGAUAUAUUAGAUGUCUGGCCUGCUGUCCUUCGUGCUGCCAGUUUAGCAUGUUUUUGAAUGCACAAUAUUAUCUCGGAUACUUUUAGUUGCUGAGAGCGCUGAUACACAGGGCAACUUUUUAGGCAACAGAGCGUCAGGAUUGUUGCUUUCAUUGCCCCGGAUGUUGCCAGAGAAUAUCACAACUCUGAGCCCGAUUAGCAGCUUCUUUAUUUGAUGUUUACUCAUUUGAUUGUGGCUGUUUUCAGCGAGCAGGACGGCUGCAGUCACGCUGUACAUGGCAAAUAAAUUAAUGUGCAUGGACAAGAGCUUGUGUUAAAGGCAUGCUCAGGGAGAGCAAACUGAGGAUAUUUGUAUACACCUCAUGAUGUACAUUUUGAGUUUGGAAAAUGUUAUAUUUAGUUCCUUUUGUUUUGGCUGUGGCAUCAUAUCUCUGAAUGUAUCUACAGCUGACGCAAUUAAAGCUAAUAAAGAUA